CUCCACUUCGUCUGUGACAGCUCCCGCGCCGGUAUCCGCAACCCUCGCUACAUCGCGCAGCCGCCGCGGCCUCCGUCGCAGCCUGAGUCCUGUUCCUUGCCUCCGCGCCCACAUCCGGGGGCGGCCCGGCUCUCUGUCGCUGCGGAGGCCGCAUCUGGAGCUCAUCUGGAACUGCCCGCCCGGCCGGCCGCGCUGGAGCCCGCGCCCAAUCUGGCCCGGCCGCGCCGGGAGCCUUGCCCGGAGCUGGAGCCUCCUCUGGACCCGCGGGCCCGGGGCCCUGAGCUGCGCAGCCGGCGCAUGGUGAACUCGUUGCUGUUCGGGGAGAUGGCUUUGGCCUUCGGCUGUCCGCCGGGCGGCGGCGGCGGGAGCUGCCCUGGCGGGGGCGGCGGCGGGGCCGGGCCAGGGCCAUCGCCGGUGACGGCGGCGCUGCGGGAUGACCUGGGCUCUAACAUCCACCUCUUGAAGGGGCUCAACGUGCGCUUCCGCUGCUUCCUGGCCAAGGUGCACGAGCUGGAGAGGCGCAACCGGCUGCUGGAAAAGCAGCUGGAGCAGCAGCAGAGCGAACGCGAGCGGCGGCUGCGCUACAAGACAUUCACCCGCGAGCAGGCCGUGCAGACCGGGCCGGAUCUGCUACGGCCACCCGCGCCCGGCAGCGGGCACAGCAGCGGCAGCGGCGUGGCGGCCGGCACCAACGCCAACGCCAUGGCCCUGGGCGGUUUGCCCCCCGGCGGCGGCUCUCACCCGCAGCUCUAUGGCCGCUUGCCUGGGACCAUCUGGAGCUACACGCAGGUGCGGCGCACGGGCGGCGGCGGCGUGGAGACGGUGCAGGGCCCCGGCGUGUCGUGGGUGCACCCCGACGGCGUGGGUGUGCAGAUCGACACCAUCACGCCCGAGAUCCGUGCGCUCUACAACGUGCUGGCCAAGGUGAAGCGCGAGCGCGAUGAGUACAAGCGGAGAUGGGAGGAGGAGCUGGCCAAGAGCAUGAACCUGCAGACCAUGGUGGACACGCUGAAGGAGGCCGCGCAGGAGGCCGAAGCCAUCCAGGAGGAGAUGAACGAGACGAUCGAGAGGCUGAAGGCCGAGCUGGUGGUGUUUAAGGGGCUCAUGAGUGAUCCCAUGACAGACCUGGACACAAAGAUCCAAGAAAAGGCCAUGAAGGUGGACAUGGACAUCUGCCGCCGAAUCGAUAUCACGGCCAAGCUGUGCGAUGUCGCACAGCAGCGGAACUCGGAAGACGUGUCCAAGAUCUUCCAGGUGGUCCCCAAAAAGAAAGAGCGUAAGGUGACUUCGGACGAUGACAUCUCCGAGCAGGACGGGGAGGUGAACCGGUUCUCGGAUGAAGAGGUCGGCUCUGUGAACAUCACAGACGAGAUGAAGCGCAUGUUUAACCAGCUGCGGGAGACCUUUGACUUUGAUGACGACUGUGACAGCCUGACGUGGGAGGAGAACGAAGACACACUGCUGCUCUGGGAAGACUUCACCAACUGCAACCCCAGUAUCGACCUGCAGGGCGAGCAAGAGGAAAACUUGGGCAACUUGAUCCAUGAGACGGAAUCCUUCUUCAAGACGAGAGACAAGGAGUACCAGGAGACGAUAGGCCAGAUCGAGCUGGAGCUGGCCACCGCCAAGAGCGACAUGAACCGACACUUGCAUGAAUACAUGGAGAUGUGCAGCAUGAAGCGUGGCCUGGACGUGCAGAUGGAGACGUGCCGCCGGCUCAUCAAAGGCUCCGCGGACAGGAAUUCCCCAUCCCCCAGCUCCGUGGCCAGCAGCGACUCAGGAAGUACAGACGAGAUCCAGGACGAGUUUGAGCGGGAGGCGGACGUGGAGCCCAUGGUCAGCUGAUGGCUGAGGCCCCCGUGCCUGGUGGUCUUGGUGAUGGGGCCUCUGCCCCUUCUCCCCACGAGGCCAGGAAGGCUCCUCGGAGUGGGGCUCCGGUCCUCACCACACGGACGUCCUCUGCCCUCCCUUCUCUGGAGGCCCCAAGGGACCGCUGCUUCCUUCCUCCCUUCCACUCACCAUCACCCCGUGCCCCCUCUCCAUCCACCCACCCACCCACCCAAGGAAUGGUGCUCUCAAUUUCUAUUCUCCACGUUACCAAUGCAGACUUCUGUCCAGAUGAUGCAGUGUGAACCGUGCCUUUUCCCUUAAGCUGAGCCACUUUGAGCUCCAAAGAAUUAUUCCUAGCAGGUGUUUUUAUACAAAACUCUAAGGCGAGGGCGGGGCCCCGGUGUGGCAGAUUGUGGUUUUCUACCCUCCCACCUGCUCCUCUGAUUGGCUAUGACCUGUGCCCUCCCGUCCCCUGCCGGCCUGCACUGAUGGCGUGGGGCUUGGGGUGGCCCACUUCCACCCAGGACGGAGCUGUUUGCCUCGGCGAACCUUCCACGCCGGGGUGGGGACCUCCCCAGGGUGUUUUUUUUUCACUUACCAAAAGGGGAAACGAUGGAAGGAGGGAGGGAAGACAAAUUCUUAUUUUCUUUUCGGAUCGAGUGGCACAGCGGAGGGACAAGGCACUGGGGGGAAGGCGGAGCCUCACUGUGUUUAAACUACUAUGCAAAAAAACAAAACAAAAAAAAGCAGCUUGCCUUAUAUAUUGUGGAAGGGGGGCCCUCUCCCAGACUCAGGGUGUUCACCGUGGAGCUGGGAGGGAGGCCACCGCUAGGGCCAUGUCUCCUGCAGCCUGUGAGGGGGUUCGGUCAAGGUCAGUCAAGAGGCCUGGGUCCUGCAAAGCCCUUGGCCACCUGACUGUUUGCUUUCUUGGGACCUUGGUGAGUUGUGGGGGAGGGGGUCUUUUAUUGCCCUGAUGACUUGAUGUUUUCCCCUCGGUUUCCAGCCGACUGUAAGGGGUUGGGGGGUCUGUCAUUUCUCUGUGAGAAAGCCUGAAGGGGGCCAGGCCUGCUGCCACCCCUUGCCCAGUGGAGCCGGGUCAGGCCCGCCUGCUACCAUCUCGGUUCUCCACUGUGCCCAGCGCCCACGGUCGGGCCAGUGGCAGGCAUUGGGAAGGGAGGAGGAGGGAGGCAAUGAGGGCUGCUGGCAGGUUGGAGGUGGCAGGUGGCGGCGCUCAGGCGAGAACCAUCCUUGUUCCACAUCCGCCAGCUUCUUUCCGUACUUCACUAACUGACCCUGGGAGUUAUCUGAGCCAGGAUCUCCCAAGGCCUGCGUGGGCCUGCGUGGAAGAGCGCUGUGUGAGGCCACCCGCCAGGUCUCAGCUUGGAGCCAGCUGACCAGGCUUUGCUUUUAUUUUUUGUAAGUCUUUUGUCCCCACUCCUGUGGGAGUGAUUGCCGAGUUUUGUUUUUGUUGGCCCAGCAGCUCCCCCUGGAGGUCAAAGGAGCACACUGAGCCCAAGGACC